AUGUCCUUUCUAGAACACUUGACGCCGACCCCAACCUCGUUUACGCCAAUGCCCGCGCCUGUUGAAACCAAACUUCAAUACUUCAAGAUGCUGGAAGGCCUCGUGACGAACCUGCUCAACAGGUUCCUGGGCAUGUACGUUAAAAACUUCGAUGCGACACAGCUGAACGUUGGAAUAUGGUCCGGAGAUGUAAAGCUACGAAAUCUCGAGCUACGUCGAGACGCCCUAGACCAGCUACACCUACCCCUAAACGUCAUUGAAGGGCACCUUGGGCAACUCACACUGUCUAUCCCUUGGUCUAACCUGAGAGGAAAGCCCGUAAAGAUCGAAAUUGAAGAUGUUUUUUUACUGGCGGCGCCGAAGGAGGACGCCAGUUAUGAUCCGGUGGAAGAAAAAAGAAGGGCGCAUGAGUUGAAGAUGGAAAAGCUGGAGAGCGCCGAGCUGCUCAAGGACCAGCGCUCAGAAAGCAUGAGCAAGGAAGAGCAAAUGAAAAACCAGAGCUUCAUGCAAAGCCUAGUGACUGCUAUCAUCGAUAAUAUCCAAGUGGUCAUUAAGAAUGUACACUUUCGGUACGAAGAUUCUAUCGCUGUCCCGGGACAUCCAUUCGCCGCGGGUAUAACCCUCAAGGAGCUCAGUGCGGUAAGCACAGACUCUGAAUGGAGGCCCACCUUUAUUCAGUCUACCUCCGAGACAAGCCACAAACUAGCAGUAUUAGGCGCUUUGGCUACCUACUGGAAUACCGAUGCAGAGUUGUUUAGCCAGGGAAGUAGUGUCAAUGGUGAGGCGGUACCGGUAUCUCAAGAGGAGCUAGUGGACAAAUUCCGCAAGGGGAUCGAAUCCCAUGACAAUGGCCAGUAUAUAUUGAAACCGGUUAGCGGGAAAGCAGGGCUUGAGAUGGACAAAACUCUGAGCACCGACCGUCCAAGGGCAAAGGCUAAAUUGAUUUUUGACGAGCUUGGCUUUGUCGUUGACGAUCACCAAUAUCGUGAUGCUUUGAUGCUCGUUGACCUCUUUCAUUCUUUUAUCCGCCAUCGAGAAUAUAAGCAGCUGCAACCAAAGUGUACGCCAAAGGAGGACCCUCGCGCUUGGUUUCAGUUUGCUGGCAAUGCUGUCCUUGGAAAGAUUCAUGAACGGAAUCGACGGUGGACGUGGGAUUAUAUAAGAGAACGAAGGGACGACCGCAAACGAUAUAUUGAUCUAUACAAGAAACAGAAAAGGAAUAUAACCCUCUCCGCUGACGAAACCUCUGACUUGAAACGCUUGGAAGAGAAAUCAUCAUAUGAAGACCUCAGAUUCUGGCGAUCAUUGGGAAGACAUCAACUCAAAAAAGAACAUGUCGUCGCUCCGAAACAGCCGGCGCAACAAACCUGGUCAGAAUGGAUCUGGGGUUCUAAGAAACAAGAAACUGACGAGACCACAAUGACCGAAGAGCAGCGAAAGGAACUAUAUGAUGCCAUUGACUGGGAUGAGAAGAAAGCCAUCACUCAAUCCAUCGACGUACCUCGAGACUCUGUGAAGCUCCUCAUUGAGUCUAGCCUUAGGGCAGGUAGUUUUACAUUGAAUCGAAACGAAGGUGGUAAAGUUGAAGAAGUUCUCAAGCUUGUCUUCGACAAUUUCAAGGCGAAAGCGUUGCAGAGGCCUGAUUCAUUUCUUGCGCAAAUCAACCUCGGAGGUUUGCGACUAUUUGACAGCACCACAGAAGGAACACUUUUCCCGCAAAUAAUUCGGGUAAAGGAUGCUGUCACUCAGGGCGACCUUGAUUCUCCUGACCUUGAAAGCCUUGGAUCCGAAAGCGAGGACGUUGACCUGGAGGAUAGUUUAUUCUAUUUACAGUUUGAAAAGAACCCUCUUGAUGGAUCCGCAGACUCGGCUCUCACAAUGAAGCUUAAGAGUAUUGAAGUCAUUUAUAAUUCGCGGGUUUUGGUUGAAAUUGUUAACUUCUUCCGGCCGCCUGAGCGCCAUAUGGAAUCGAUUGGCGCGCUCCUGGAGACUGCCGGUGCAACGGUUGAGGAAAUCCGCCAACAAACCCGAGCAGGACUUGAAUUUGCACUGGAAGAACACAAAACCAUCAAUGCUCAACUCGAUAUUCAGGCUCCUGUCAUUAUCAUUCCAGAGAGCAUCACCAGUGAAAGCUCAACCUGCCUGAUUCUUGACGCCGGUAAUGUCCGCGUCCGAAGCGAACUUGUUAAUAAGGAGACCAUGAAGAUGAUUCAAGGGAAGCAAGGCGUGGAAUAUAGCGAAAAGGACUAUCUACAGCUUGAAAACUUGAUGUAUGACAGGUUCUUGGUCAAGCUCUAUUCGACACAAAUAUUAAUUGGCCCUGGAAUUGAAGCAACCCAGUCCCAACUCGCUCCUGGCGCGGAAUCCAAGAAUUUCCACAUCAUGGAUCGGAUCAACAUAGAUUUUGUGUUUGAACUGUGCAUUGUGCCUAAAACAACGGAUCUCGCGAGAACACGCCUCUCAGGUCGUCUGCCAGAGCUGCACGUUUCGAUGUCAGAUACAAAGUAUAAAAAUCUGAUGAAACUGAUUGACAUCGCCAUUCCGCACUUUGGCGACGACGCUCGAACGGACAGUGCCAAUGCAGAAUCCGAGGAAAGGUCCUAUGAAUCUCCGGCUCCAGAUGCGCGUGCUAGGUCAUCUUCAAUACAGCUGGCAACUAAAGAACUUCCAAUCAUUGAGCAUGAUUCUGAGUCUGAUGUUGAAGACACGGAUACCAAGGAAAUUCAGAAAUCGACUAAAAAGCCGAUCAACCUCCAUCAGCGACAGUUCGAGUUCAAAUUCACUGUGGACAAACUCAGGGGCUCGCUCUAUCGAUCGGAUCCCAGAGACGAGGUGAAAGAUAAGUUAUUGGUUGAGCUAGUGGCGGAGCAUUUUCAGCUGGAUUAUUAUCUUCGGGCUUAUGAUAUGAUCGCCGAAAUUGUGCUGAAGUCCCUUGCUGUGGACGACCAUAUCGAACAGGAUGCGCCUCCAGAAUUCAAACAAAUAAUAUCUUCCAAGGGUUUUAAUGCCACGGAGGGAAGAAAUUUGUUUGAGCUUAAAUUCAUAAGAGUCAAUCCAGACUCCCCUGAAUUCGUGAAGGUUUAUGAAGGCACGGAAAUGAACCUGGACCUCUCCAUCUCCACGAUUAAUCUUAUCGUUACUCGGAGAACUCUCCUAACCCUUCUUGAUUUUAUCCUUAUAACGUUCACGAAUCCAGGGCAACAGAAUGAGAGCCAAACUGUAGCCCAAAGACAGGCAGAACCAAGCAAAGAAGGGGCGCAGCUAACAGCUGGCCCUGGGAAAAUCCGUAUUAAAUCCAGGCUGGAAACCAUAUCCUUGAUCUUAAACGAAGAUGGCGUCCGCCUUGCAACGUUGAGCUUAAACACGGCUGAUGUUAGUAUAUUCGUGGCCGGCGAGGCCCUUGCUGUCAAAGCUAGAAUCGGCAGCCUCACCAUGUUUAACGAUAUCGGUGAGACGACCACCCGACUUUUAAGCAUCGAAGGCGACGACUUUGCGGAUUUCCGUUAUCAAACGUUUGACCCUAAACAGGAUGACUAUCCUGGCUAUAACUCUGAGGUGAUGCUCCGGUCAGGCUCGAUAAAGAUCAAUUUCAUUGAAGAACCGUACCGAAGGAUUAUUAACUUCCUGGUCAAGUUUGGGAAAAUGCAAGCAAUUUUUAAUGCUGCACGCCAGGCUGCUGCCAACCAAGCAAGCCAAAUCCAAGAAACCGCGUCUUUAAUGCGUUUUGAUAUUAUUGUCAUGACGCCUAUUCUGGUAUUCCCGAGGAUUACUGACGAUGACCAACCGAAGGAUUUCGUCACUGCUCACUUAGGAGAAAUAUAUGCGAACAAUAAAUUCGAACGGCUCACCGAAGGGGAUACGGCCGGUAAUCUAAAUUGUAUAUCCGCAGGUGUUAGGCAUAUUCGCUUGACUUCGAACUUCUAUUACUCACCUGAACGCUCUGAGGAAUUGGAAAUGAUUGAAAAGGUAGACUUGGAUUUCAACAUUCAGUAUUUAGCCCACCAGGCGCAUAUAUCUCGGCCGGACAUCAAGGUCGAAGGUUUGAUGUCGCCCAUGAACUUAAGAAUAUCCCAAACUCAACUCAAGUUUCUAAUAGAGUUGUCAAAGACACUCCCUGCAGCACUUACCCCGGAUCAGGACCAGCAAGAGCAGGAAGCGGCACAAGCACUUCCAGGUCUAACUGGCAGUGAAGUAGAAGCGACUGAGCAACCGACCCAACCAGAGGAGUCUCAAAGUGUCUCGCACAUGGCACCGGAAAUUAAGCCCGAGCCAGAAAAUUGGGUGCAGCUAGACUUUACGUUCAAAAUCGACACCGUGGGAUUGGAAUUGAUCCUUGCGAAGGAAAAUGAGCCAGUUGGCUCUCUAGAUGAAGCCAGUCUUUCCAAAUUCUUCCUUAGCAACACAAACGUUAAGCUCCAGAUGUUGAGUGAUGGAUCUCUUGAAUCCGAAUUGCUCAUCCACUCGUUCAACGUGCGAGACAGCCGCAAAAACGAGACUAACAAGUACCGGAGAAUUAUGUCGUUGAUCAACACGGAUGUACAACAGCAAUUCAUGGCUAGUUUAUCUAUGUCUGGCGGUGCCGAGCGGAAGAUUAUUGCUAUGCUCACAAUUGAUAGCCCUAGGGUUAUUUUCGCACUUGAUUACCUCUUUGCAUUGCAAUCAUUUGCGACUGCUGCUUUCCAGCCAGAGCUUGAACCGGCCGAGGAGCUUUCAGAGCUCUCUGAUGAGGAAUCUCAGGAUGCAUCCAACAACAGCGGUACUGUAGCAAUUCUAGUCGCAAAUCCAGCAAUCUCGAACUCUGAAGCAAUAGUUCUCGGAGCAAAGCAAAUGCUACUCUCUCAGCAAAAUGCGUCAACUUUGCAAAUAUCUAAGAUUGGAAUGUUCCUGUGCCGAAUGGAUAAGUUUGAAACGAGCCGACUUAGAAUAUUGGAUGAUUUCACUCUAGAGCUAUCCAUGGAUAGUCGAUCGAAAGGACGGGGCUGCACAAUGACAAGAAUUGACGUGCACGUUGAUCCAUUGAUUCUCCGUUUAUCACCUCGAGACAUCGUCCUUGCGAUCCAAAUUAUGAAUAAGGCCUCUGAAAUGACUACAUCGCCAUCACCACCGGAGCACAGCAAAGCUACACCCAAAGAUAACUCUUCUCAAACUACAAGGAGAAGGUCAAGAGGGCUGUCGCUCAGUGGUGGCCAACUGGCUCUCCGCCCUAGUACCACUCCUACUCCAACGGUGCAACAGUCAGCCAUAAUGAGAAAAGAAGAAAUGUCGAUUCAAUUCGACGGAGUGCGAGUAAUCCUUAUUGGUGAUUUGCAUAUGCUUCCACUUGUUGAUUGGAGAGUAAAGAAGUUCGUCGUCGACGUUCGUGACUGGUCUGGAAACAUGAGCGCGGAUAUGACAUUUGACACUCUUGUAAAUGUCUACAACUUCUCCAAAUCAGCUUGGGAACCACUAAUCGAGCCAUGGCAACUGGGAUUCCACAUGUCAAAGGAAUUGGCUCCAACCGUAUUGUCCGUGGAGGCCUACUCCCACAAAACGAUGGAGCUCACUGUCACUUCGGCUACAAUAGCAUUGGCUUCUAAGACGCUCCAAUCUAUAUCCACGACGGAAGAUGUCUUGUCGAAACCAAGGACUGCAGAUGCCCCAUACAGGAUCCGGAACCAAACUGGCUUUGAUAUUCGGGUCUGGGCUGAUCUCGGCAAUGGUGAAGAAGGGCCAGCCGCACUCCUGAGUGAUGGCGAAGAACAUCCAUGGAGGUUUGAAGACCCUACUACGAUGCGUGAGAGCUUAGCCCCGGAGGGGAGUGUUGGCCUAGUUGGGAUCAGACUGGAAGACAGUGGAUUUGACAGCAUCGACCGUAUUCCGUUAAUUCGAGAAGGAGAGACACUAUAUAACCUGAAACCGAAACAAGACAAGAUACUGCACCGAUUACUCGUCGAAAUUAGUCUUGGAUCAAACUAUGUCAAGUAUAUAACCUUCCGGUCACCCCUUCUCGUCGAGAACAAGACACAAAUACCUCUUGAAAUAGGUGUGUUCAGCCCCGAAGAAGGACAUCUUCUGAAGAUAGAGAAGAUCCUUCCGGGAGAUAGCCGGCCAGCUCCUGUUGGCGCAGCAUUCAUGCGCUCCCUCCUCGUUCGUCCGGAUCAAGGUUUCGGCUACGAUUGGUCAACUGAGAAGUUGUUCUGGAGAGACCUCUUGAAGUUACCUACGAAAACGCUUAAAUGUAAUAGCGAGAGUGGACAACAAGCACCCCCGUUCUAUUUCCGGAUGCAUGCCACCUUUGACAAGGAUGAUCCGAUCCACAGUGUCUAUCCUUAUAUGCGCAUUCGACUUUCCGCUCCUAUUGAAAUUCAGAAUUUGCUUCCAUACGACUUCAAAUACCGUAUAUAUGACAGAAACACCCGCAAAGAUUGGACAAAUUUCCUUCGAAAGGGUGGAACUAGCCCCGUCCACGUUGUUGAGUUGUCCCAUUUGUUGCUUCUUAGCAUAGACAUGCAGGACACGGAGUUCCGACGUUGCGAAUUCGCCAUUAUCAAUGGGACGCCACAGGAUGAUUUCCGUAGGGAACAUGUUCUGUCUAUCCAAGAUGACAAAGGCGUCGAACUAAAACUAGGGCUUCAUUAUUUCGCGAUUCCAGAAAGCGGUGGAUCGUUCAAAGUGUCAGUCUUCAGUCCAUACCUCAUAUUGAACCGGACCGGGUUAGAUAUCAAUCUCCAAAGCAAGAGCAUGUUUCAAUCUGCGAGAGCAUCAACGGGUCGUGCAAUUAAAACGGACGUAUCCAAUGGCGUUCGGAAAGCUGUUCCAUAUAUGUAUUCCUAUGCCACAAACGACCGCAAAAAUCGAUCCAUUAUUAAGAUCGAGGGCUCUUCCUGGAGCAAACCACAAAGUUUUGAGGCCAUUGGAAGUACUUUUGAGGUUCUUUUACCUGCUGUUAGCGGCAAGACUGAAUACCAUGCUGGAAUAUCAGUUGAGGAAGGGGUUGGCAAAUAUAAGAUUUCAAAAGUCGUUACGAUUGCACCUCGUUUUAUCUUGAAUAACAAACUAGGUGAAGACCUUGUUGCUCGGGAGCCUGGGUCCUCUAACGUUCUCAGGCUGAAGUCUGGCGACUUUGUUCCUCUCCACUUUCUGCGACAACAUGCCGAGAAACAACUGUGUCUCUGCUUUCCCGGAGUCAAUAAUCAAUGGGCUUCUCCAUUCAAUAUUUCUGACCUUGGGACUAUUUAUGUGAAACUCGCUAAAGCCAACCAGCGUCAAAGGCUUCUUCGGAUCGAGAUUCUCAUGGAGGCGGCGACGAUAUUCUUACAUAUAAGCCUUGAAACUCGACAUUGGCCUUUCUCGAUGCGCAAUGAGAGUGAUUCUGAAUUUCUCUUUUAUCAAGCUAAUCCGAAUGUCGCCGAAGACGAGGAAGACCGAACCAGUGGCUGGAGACCGAUACGUUAUCGCCUUCCGCCGAGAAGCAUUAUGCCAUAUGCCUGGGACUAUCCAGCGUCGAAGAACAAAACGCUAGUCCUUGUCUGCCGCGGAAAAGAACGAUAUGUUAAAUUAGCUGAGAUUGGUAACCUGAUACCGAUGAGAGUUCCAACGUCACAAGAGGAUGCCCAGUCUAAGAUCAUUGACCUACGAAUUGAAGCCGAAGGGCCGACGCAGAUUCUGGUGCUAUCGAAUUAUAGGCCAUCCCGGAGCAUUUAUCGUCAACAAAAACCUACCACCUCGCAAGGCAGUGUCUCUACGGGGUUCGAGGUUAAGGAAAUUAAUACAGAUGUCACCUUCAAGGCGCAACUUCGAUUAAGCGGCAUCGGCGUCUCACUAAUCAACAAGAAGUUGAAAGAGCUUGUCUAUGUCACCUUCCGCGAUAUUGAAGUCAAUUUCAGCGAAUCGAAGUUGUAUCAAACAAUUGGCACAACAAUAAAAUGGAUACAAGUUGAUAACCAGCUUUACGGUGGCAUAUUCCCAAUUUUGCUUUACCCGAGUGUUGUCCCAAAGACCGGUAGAGAAAUGGAAGCCCAUCCCAUUUUCAACGCAAGAGUCACCCGGGUGAAAGAUGAUUCUUAUGGGGUCUUAUAUAUUAAAUAUGCCUCUGUUCUUUUACAGCAAAUGACCCUUGAACUUGAUGAAGAUUUUAUUUUCGCCGUUCUUGAUUUCGUGAAAGUUACGGAUAUAACCCCCAGUGAGGAUUACGAAACGCAGUUUGGCGACGAGAUUGGUAUCCCAGAACCAAAAGGAGACGAACAAGGCACGGGAGUUUACUUUGAAUUACUCCAUAUACAACCGAUGCAACUGGACCUGUCAUUCGUUCGUACAGAACGUGUUAAUGUGGAGGACACCGUCGAGUCCUCGAACCCACUGAUGUUUUUCGUCAACGUGAUGACUAUGUCCAUUGGAAACGUCAAUGACGCCCCUGUUCGAUUGAAUGCGUUGAUUCUCGAAAAUGCCAGAAUAUCUCUCCCUGUUCUCCUGACGAACAUGACCAAUCACUAUACUCAAGAUUUUUUGAGACAAGUGCACAUCGUGCUUGGAUCCGCCGACUUUUUGGGCAACCCCGUGGGCUUGUUUAAUACAGUCAGCUCUGGUGUUGCAGAUAUAUUUUACGAACCAUAUCAAGGACUGGUGGCUGAUCGACCUAACGAACUUGGCUUAGGUAUUGCCAAGGGUGCUACAUCUUUUGUGAAGAAGUCCGUAUUUGGAUUAUCUGACAGUCUCACCAAAUUUACUGGGAGUGUUUCGAAAGGACUUGCUGCAGCUACCCUCGAUAAAGAAUUUCAGGACCAAAGACGAAUGUCCAAAGCUCGAAACCGGCCUAAACACGCCCUCUAUGGGAUUACCGCUGGCGGAAGUGCAUUCGCUUCAAGCAUGGCAAGUGGAAUCGGAGGUCUAGCCCGCCAUCCUCUAGAAGGUGCUGAAAAAGAAGGAUUCCCUGGGUUCAUGAAAGGUGUCGCGAAGGGUGUAUGGGGUCUAGCGACAAAACCAGCACUGGGUGCAUUUGAUCUUGCUUCCAAUCUCGCUGAAGGUGUUCGUAACACCACUACCGUUUUCGAUCCUGAGGGCCUGGACCGUGUCCGUCUUACCCGGUUCAUUCCCAUGGACGGCAUUGUGCGUCCGUACUCUCAACGCGAAGCUCUUGGGCAAUUUUGGCUUAAAACCACGGACGACGGAAAAUACUUCAAUGAUGACUAUAUCGCACAUCUAGAGUUUACCGGGAAGGAUAUGCUCGUCCUCUUGACUUACAAUCGGAUCAUGCUUGUUAGAUCGAAGAAACUAGCAACGGAAUGGGAUAUCAAAUUAACCGAUAUCCAGAAGAUCUCAAAGGAAAGGACAGGAAUGGGUAUUACCUUGAAGGGCGGAGCCAAUGGUCCGUUCAUUCCAGUUCAAGAGGAGAGCUCAAGAAAUUGGCUGUACAAGCAGAUCGCUAUUGGUGCGUAA